UUAGCCAUUUUCUUUUUUUCCCCACUCUGUUAGGGCCCCCCUCCCCCCCCUACACUACAUUUCCAUCUAUUCCGGGGUAGUGUGUUUUGUGCUAGUGUGUGUGUGUGUGUCUAGCUUUUUUUUUUCUUUUUUUUUCCUGUCUGUAACACGUUUUUCUAUUCGUGGGUGUGUAUUGUACCCAACCUCCUGCCUAGCUGUCCCCACCUGGUUUCGACUGUUUUCAAUCGACCGUUUCCAAAGUUGAGAGGAUUUUCUGACACAUUUCGAUAACUUUUGUGCGAAACGUUUAACAAUUAAGUUUUAAAACAAACAAACAAACAAGGAAAGUGAGAUGUUGAUUGACUAGUUAAUCGAGAUCGUAACGAAAGAGCCAGGAUUAUAUUGGAAACUUGAAAAGAAACUGGUCAGUGCGUUGUGUGACAUUUGGUUCGAGUUCGUAAUUAGACGUGACCAGUUUCCGGAAUCGAGUGUGCCUCGUGUCGCGGCUUGUUUUGGGAAAACGGACUGCGCCCUUCGAUUAAUCGAAAGGGCCACAAAGUUCGUCAACACAUCGAACACAUAAAAGAGAAACCAGUUCAAUUGCACGGCGGGUGAAAACGAGUGUCUUCCAGCAAGGAGCAGCUUCACACCCAACGAGUUCACCAUUUGACAAGGUGUAUCGCCUUUGCCGUCCUUUAUUAAUAAUUCAAUAAAGAAAAGGCCAAAAGGACGGACAGCGCCGCAGCCCGUGCCUUUUAUUUUGUGUGUAUUUCCACGCCAUAGCCGUUCAUUAAAAAAAGGAGAAGAACAAUGGCAGCUUUCAUAUUGUCACCCGAACGGUGGAGGGAAUUGUCGACCGCUUCAUCGCCCGUCGCGGCCGUCUCUGACGGCCAACAGCAAACGCCUCAAGCCGUUGGAGCGGGCAUUCGUCGACGUAUCAGUCGGGUCUUUUACGAGGCUCAUCACACUCCAGUAUCCUCGCCAGUGGCUUUAAAUUUGCAUCAUCACUUGCCGGCCGGAGGUGUCGAAUUGGCUGACGCGAUGGACGUGGCCGAAGACGAAGAUCUGGCCGCAGCUGCUGGUGUCAUCGCGGCUCACGUCGAACGUUUCCUGCCACAGAGGAGAUCGCCCGGACAGAGAAGCCAAGAUUCGGGUUUCUCCGGUUAUUCGGGCGAUUCGGCCAGCGAGGGAUCGGCGGCCUCUAGCAAUAACUCGCCCGUUCCGGCGGCGUCCGGUAGCAGCAACGUCUCGCCGGCCAUCAGCGCCGGCAAACGUUCGCCUCUAUCCGAUCCGGAUGCGAUCGAACGAGCUUUACUAGCCGAGCCCGCCGGUCCCAGAGUCCUUGAAACGGACCUCGACGCCGCCACGCCGGCCAGGUUACACGUCAGCCGGAUUUACAUCCAAGGAACGAGCGCGACGGACUCUACGACGACCGUUGCUAAUUUGAAUUUGCGUGACGUCCUCUGCGAAAAGAAUAUUCAGCCGGUCAACCUGUCCGGCACUCCGGAAUCAUCGUCGACGUCGCCUGACAAAUGCGUCGGAGAUAAGAGUCCGAUCAGCGUCGUGCUGGCCAACAAUCAGACGACAACUUGCGUGCACGGCCGCAACAACAACAACAAUCACGAAGCGGACCGUUCGAGCGACAGCCAAACGGCACUUUUGCUGGAACACAAGAGCAUCGUGCCGCCGUCUUCGAUGCGGCCGAACUUGAGCUGGAAGAAACUCAGCGAAUCCUUCCGUCGCGUCAUCAGCUCCGGACGGAUGAUGACGGCAACGACCACAACUUCAUCCCACAGUUGUCUGCCUUCCGUCGCUGACGGUGAUGAAUCGUUCACCGACGAAGAGAAGUCCCGCAUGCUGUUGCUGGGCAAGCGCAGCAACUUGCGCCGGAUGAAGAUGGACAAUGAACAGCAUCAACAGCAGCUGAACGGCGACAAGGAGGAAGAAGACGAGGCGGAGGAAGGCCGGAACUGCGCGAACCGCGUGACGGUGAUGACCGAAAGCCCGCAACCGACCAGCCGCUACUUGGGCGGACCGAGGAGUUCCACGCCGCGCAAAACGCUUCCGGCCGAGGGACGCAACCACCGGCGGACGGCGGGUGCCUCGAUCGCCGCAUGCACGGCCAACGCCAACGCCAACCAAAUCAACAACAACAACAAACAGCGCCAGUGCUCCCGUUUCAACGAAGACCGGCCGCGAGUUCACUGGGCCGACAUCGACCCAGUUGUCAAUAGCAACGAUGUACUGGCUGACGGACGCCGGAAGCAACCGCAGCGACCGGUGAACAGCCAUCUGGCUGCCGUCGUGACCUCAUGGCCGGAUAAUAGCACAUGGGAUUCGGACACACCGUCGCUGGAAAUCGGCCAGCAGGUCGUCGCCAGCCAUCCGCCCACCGUGACACCUCAGCUCGCGCAUCAGCCGGCUGCUACGCUGCUGGCCGGCGGCCCGCUUCCCGUUGAGCAGAGGAAGAUCAGACGCGGACUGCGAAUGGGCGUCGGCGUCGAUCGCUCGCUCAAUUGCACGGCUCACAACGCUCGCAAGCCGAUCCCACCUCAGCCAGUCGUAGCUCCAGCGGUCAACAUCCAUCCGCAUCCCGUCAUCAUUCCGGCGCCGGCCGAGUUCCGUUCCAUCCUUCCUCAUCAGCAGCAGCCAUCCCCAACGGGUCUCAGGUGGAGCCCCGUCGAGGCCUGGCUCAAAGACUUGCCCAUGUUUUAUCAGCCGGAGUCCACUUGCGCCCUUCAGAACAAGGCCAUCCAGCAGCAGCAGCAGCAGCUGAAAGGAGAGGAACAACAACAGCGACGCAGUUCAUCAGCCAGCUGGAUGACGGACGAUAGCGCUAGCAGCGCUGAUGGCAGCAGCGCACUUUUGUCUCUUCAUCACCAAUCGGACGACGAGGAUCGUACGUACAGUAUGACGGUCACGGCCCGCGCCCAGGUGAGGCGCCUCCAGCGUCGCGCCCAUCUCAUCUCCACCGAAUUCGCUCAACUUUGCUCAUUUAUCGAACUCUACGAGGAAGCCAAAUUGGCGUCUUUGAUCCCGCUCUUCCUGGCUCACGUUAUCCAGUUCAUCCGCGAAGCCGAAAUGGCCGUUCUGAGCGAUUCGUGCGGCCAAAUGGAAAGCAAGCGGACGGAGGGCAGCGAAGAGUUGAUCCAGUCGCUCCGGCAGACGUGCACUCAGCUCGUGCAAAUCGUCACUUUCAGCGCCCGCCCGCUUUACAUGAUGACGUCAGAGCCGUCUCUGAUGUUGGAUGCUGGCGUCGAAUCAGUCCCACUGCCCUUGCCCGUCAACUGGAGCCUCGCCCGCCAGAUCACGGCCAAACUUGGUCAAGUCUUCGUUUCCAUCGUCGACACCUUUGUCGGAAGAGAAAUCGAGGUGUUGACGGCCGCAUUGAAGAGCGGUAAGUGCGUUUCGGCUGCCAAACUGGCCGCCAAUUCGCUCAUGUCGUUGGGAGCAGACGCCGCACGACCGGCUCUUCGGCCGCUGAUCGAAGCCUUCCAGGUGGUCCAUUUGCGGCCUGUGCGGGCUGACCUCCUCCGUGCCCUCGCUGCCCUUUGCUCUUCGGCGGAUAUCAUUCAGGAAUUCGAAACGUGCGCUGGUUUGACAGUGGUCUUCGACAUUCUUUGCAAUCCACGCAGUCAGGCAGACUGCGAGGAGAAAUCAGAAGCGGCUGGUUUGCUGGCCCAAAUCACAUCUCCCUGGCUGGACCCUCCAAUGGAGGAUCCUCAAGUCGGAAUUUGCGGCACCAACGGAGAUUUGCAACCCAAUCCCAACGGUGCAUGGCCAACUCUUCAUCUGACGCCUUACAUCUCGUCGUUUAUAGCGGCCUUGACUGAACUGAGCAGCCAGACGGAAACGGAAGAGACGCUCUUGUUGUCCACGGCCGCUUUGGCCAACUUGACCUUCAGUCAUUCGGAAGCCGUCCAGCUGAUGGCAAAGUACCGCACAGCUCAAGUCCUAGUCCAGGCUUCAGGUCUUCGCAAAGACCUGUCCGUAUUCAUCCAAGAUCAGAUUGCCACGAUCCUGGCCAACAUGGCAGCCGUCUACUCCGCCCGAGCAGAGUUGGUAUCCCACGGCGCCCUGGUCACUUUGGUCAGUUUCCUGCAAUUGAGGCCGUCCCCGAUGCAGCGUCCGGCUGAAGUCACGGCCUCUGAAAGAGUGCUGAAAAAGUCGGCCAUCGCUCUAUCACGGGUUUGCGGUGAAGAAAAUGCUGCCCGUCAGAUUGUCGAAUUGGAGGGCAUUGAACGACUGGCCCAGCUGGUCAGAGAUCCUCGCGAGAGGAACUAUUCCGACGGAGUGUUGGUCGCCUGCUUGGCUGCUUUGCAUAAAAUAGCCACCGCAUGCGGAACGGACGAACUUGAUCGUCGCGGCGCCUCCGAUCUGAUUGAAAAUCGACUCCUCGACGUGUUUCUCGAAUACUCCUCGCGACCGGAAAGUUACGUCUGAUGGAGGUUCCUUUUCCUUUUUGAAUAUAUUUGGAAGAAUUUUUUGUUGUGCCCGUUUAGUCUAUUUGUCUUGUCUUGUUUUGCCUCUGCUUCAGGAAGAGACGAACGAAGCAGAGAGACAACACGAAACAAGAAAAUGUGUGAGAUUCGUCCUUCUUUCCUCUGUCCGUUUUCGUAAAAUUAUCGAAUCAUUCCAAAAAGUCGCAUAUAUAUCAGCAUAUAAAUGAAAAAAAUGUCUACAUUUUACAAACUCCUGAUUCUAUUUCUUUUCACGUCGGAGCGAGAUACAUUGUAAAGUGCUUUGAUUUUCUAUUUUUUGUGACACAAGAAAUUCUACUGUUGUACAUUGCAACUCCUCCCCUCCUCAAAAGAAUACAUUCGAACAAUCGAUGGCUACAAUUCAAAAUUGAAUGAAAGUCCCGAAAAC